GGUGACGGGGUGCAGUAAUUAAAAGAAAAAGCUCAUCUUGUCCUGCAUUGAAUAUAUUUUUUUCUUAAUUUCCUUUCUUGGCCCUCCUUGCUACUGUGCUCCUUGCAGGUAUGAAGACCCCAUUUGGAAAGGCGGUUGCAGGGCAGCCGUCUAGGACAGGCACAAAACAUACCAGUGUGUCUGUUACCAUGAUGAAGAGAAAAGCUGCCCACAAGAAACGUAGGAGCAGGCCCACCUCCCAGCAUCAGAGGAGCAUCGUGGGCUGCAGAAGUCGGCAAGGAUGGAAAGAUGGAGAUGAAUCUCUAACACAGUGGAAAGGAACCAUUCUGGAUCAGGUACCUGUAAAUCCCUCUUUAUAUCUUUUCAAAUAUGAUUGAUUUGACUGUGUUUAUGGAUUGGAACUUCACAGAGAUAAAAGAGUGUCCUUACUUGAAGUCUUCUGUAAUACAGUUGUAUCGUCUAGAAUCAGUGAUACACACUUAGCAGAAAUUAUGAUUGGCAAAGCAGUAGAACAUAUUUUUAAGAUAGAGGAAGGUUCCAAAAAUGAAUUGAGGGGGAUGGUCUUAGCUCAGGCACCUGUCAUGAACACAUGGUUUUAUAUUACUUAUGAGAAAGAUCCUGUAUUAUAUAUGUACCAGCUCUUAGAUGAUUAUAAAGAUGGUGACCUACGCAUCCUUCGAGAUUCCAAUGAUUCUCCUCCUGCAGAGAGAGAACAAGGAGAAGUUGUGGACAGUCUAGCAGGCAAUGUAGAAUAUGCCAAAGAUGAUGGCUCCAAGAGAACUGGCAUGAUCAUUCAACAAGUAGAAACAAAACCCUCUGUGUACUUCAUCAAAUUUGAUGAUGAUUUCCAUAUCUAUGUCUAUGAUUUGCUAAAAACAUGUUAAGGAUCAUCUUGAAAUUUGCCAAAAUGUGAGACUUUGUAAAAUCUGUACACACAAAAGGUCUUGAUUGGUUUCUAAUUUUUAAGAACAGUCUUCUCCCUUUUUGCAUGCUUUUGCCAAAAAAAAAAAUGAAACUUUCACCCUCUCAGACAUUUUUGGAAGAAAUCUUUUGUCCUUCUUUCCCAACUUUUAAUUGGUUCUUCCCCACAGGAGAAUGAUUGAUUUGUUUAACUAGUGAAUAAGGUCUGACAUCCAGUGGCCCUUAUUUUUAUAUUGUGUAGUGGUAAUGGUUUCUUUUAUGGUGUCUUAGCAGGACUGUGGAACACAUAGAUUAGAAUCAGUGUUCAGUGAUCAAUAGGCUUAAUGAUGUUUUAGGUGCUGGCAUUGGUAAAUAGAAAUAUAAUAGACAUUUGUUAGGUUUUGUUUUGUUUUGUUUUCAACUCUAUACUGUUUCUUGGUUGAUCCUAUGAAACCUAUGUGCAGAAAAGUGUGAGCCCUACUGCAGCAGAAAAAUAGGUAAUGGAAUGGGUCAUAUAUGUUCCAUUAUUAAAGGCAUUAGUGAAGGUUAAACUAAGUGUAGAAAAAGCAAGUUUGAAAAAUAGGCAAUGUUUUGGAGAAAAGCACCUGAGCAAAGCCAGUGCUUUCUCAUUGGGUUUCUGAUAAAAGCUCCAUUAGCAGUAACAGACAGGCCUUGGACUUUUACGACUUUGGGGCUGGGACUCAUAGCAGUACAGUUAACCACUUGGGAAAUAUCUUUAAAAUUAAUUUAAGUUCACAAGCCAUGGAGUCCAGACUACCAACACAGGCAGACUGGCAUCCUGCUGGGGUGAAACCAAAAAGAUAUUCUCUUGUCUUUGAUGUUUUCUCUGUCUGCUUUUCUUCCUUUUGAUGGCACUAAGUCUCUUCUCAGAUAUUUGACUGACAACAGCAAUGUGGAUCUGUAUUACCUAUUGUAAUAAUUCCUGGGGACAUAAAUUUGCUUGGGAUAUCUUUUAUAAUAGCUGGGGAUUAGUUUGCUUUCUAAUUUUUUGGAUGUGAGGCUGAUACUGUAAUAAUCUUGUAUCCUACUGAUACUGUGGACUCUUAAAAACUGUGUGACAUGCAGCUGUGGGGUUAGAUUAAUUCAGCUCCUGAGGUCAUGAAGGAACUACAUCCAAUCAAGAGGAAGACAGUCCAAGCUGCAGCUGCUGAAGGAACCCCAUUAUCUGUACAGACAUCUUUAUGAGAUCUGUAUGGCUGAAAUGAGAAAACAAGAAAUUGGGAAAGACAGAAUUUUGGACUUUAAUUCCUUUGGACCUUAAGAUAGAAAUUUAAUUUGGAGCAUUUAUUUUUCCCUAGAAGUUUAAUUGUUGGCAUGGGUUUCACACAGUUCAAAUUAAGGCAUUUUUAUUAUGUUGUUAAAAUUGUAUUAUUUGGAGUAUUUUAGUGCUAUUUUUGAGACUCAUUAUGUAAUCUUUGUAAGCUAUAGCAAAUGAUGUGUCUGGAUAUAAUUGUAAAUUGUGGAUAAAAUAGGGAGUGAACUUUCAGGCUGGAAUGUAAGGUAACUUUGGAGUUAAUUACUGUUCUAUUCUGAAUCCUUUCAGCUUUCUACGGGCAAAAGCAAAACCAUUCACCAGUCUUACACAGAUGGGAGCAGGAUAUUCCUAAGAUACUAUUGUCUCCCCCAAAGGGGGCAGUCAAGCCCUGUUUGUUAACCAUAGUCUUGGGUAUAAACCACAGUGGCUUAAGAGAACAAAAACAUGCACGGGUAUGAUGGGAUUUAUUCUCUGCCUCCGUUUGUGGUUCUGACUCAAGAAAAAAGAAAGAAAAAGAUUUGCAUUUCUCAAAAAUACUUGGAAGAAAAAUUCUACCCAUGUCCACUUGCUAUACUCAUUCAGUUUUCCAUAUAAGAAGAUGAAUAACUUAAUGAAAUUGGGAAAAAAAAGGUUAUAGAUAAGUAGCCUAGGCCCCGUUUGGCUCUUGAGUUUAUUUCUCAUUGCAAGGUAUGAGAAAGACUGCAGUCCUUUAUUACAUGGCUGGGUAGACAUCCGCUCUGUAGACCAUUCUAUACCUUUGGGGUGGGAGAUCCCAUUGUCUUUAAACUUGGGGUAGAAAUUCAUGUUAAGCUCAGGUCCAAUCCAUGUACUCCAGUCCAAAUCUACCA